AUGUCCCGAAGUAAGCGAGAGAUUUGGCUUUAUUGUAUUCAACAUUCUAGCGACGCUCGGCAGUCAAGAGAAGCAUGUUACAAAAAGGAUGAAGAUCAUCGAGUCAUCUGGUCUUUUGGGUCAAUUCCUCCGCUGUUCUAUUGUGCAACCCUGCUCAGAUCCAGAUGUUCGCAAGUGACACUUGGAAGUUUUGGACGAGCUGGCUCAGUGAGCAAGAAGCUCGUAAAGGGACAGCAGACCGGCGAUAUUUUCAAUUCUGUUGUCGACAAGUUUUCGAAUCCAAGGACGAGACCACAUAGUGAAGAAGGCAUUCUUUCGCGCCUUGGAGGAAUAAAGAACUUGCUGGCGGCUGUUUGCACACCCAUGACACUGAGUGACGGUUCGGCAGCUGUGACGAGGCUGUGUCGCAAAUGCAGCAAACUGGACGAGGAUGAAGCUAUGUUGGUUUGCGGUAUAUGCCAAGUAGCCUUCUACUGUUCUCGCGAGUGCCAACUAGAUGAUUGGAAGGCCCAUUACAAGAUUUGCAAGCCUUUAGAUGAGAGGCUCCAGAAGGCUUCCCAUUACAGGGACAGCACCCUGAAAAGUUUUUUGGAAGAAAACUACUUUGCGAUCAUGAGCGAGAUCGUUGAUCUCACAAACGAAGGCACUCUCACCCAGAAAGACUUGAUCCUGGAGCUUGACUUUCGCCCUGAUGGCUCGGGCUCUGCUCGAGCGUUUCGUGACCCUCCAGUCUUCAAGAUUGGACGCGCUACGGAUUAUUUGAAUGGAUCUAGACCAGCUGAACCCGAUUGGUUCCUCAAGGGAACUGAUAUGUACGGCAACAAUGUAAAGCCCGUCAUUAGGGGUCUUCGCGAUCAACACAAACGCGUACUAUCGGAGGGUAGCGGCAUGCUCACAAUAGCACGGCAACCUUCCAAACUCAUCUCCGCGGUUCGCCUCAAUUUGUUUUGUGGAAGUGACAAUCAGUCUUUGUUUUCGGACAAAGCCAUAAGGUCAUUCCAGAGAUGCAGAAAUCUACUCCACACCUUUGGCGAAGUUGACGACUUUGAUGACGAGUUUUCCGGAGGGAUGAAAACGAUCAUCUUGCGUCACCACCGUUCUAGUUUACAAUGGCUCAGAGAUACCAUUUCGCGGUUGGGAGAGGAGGAUAUUUUGGAUCACAAUGAAGAUACUCAUUCAACGUCUGAGGAAGAGUAG